AGGACAUUGGGACAGUGACACAGGAAGGGAGAAGUUUUGUUCUCUUUGGACUCCCAUAACAAACACCAGUGAACACGCAGGUCCUUUCUCCCUGAAGCCGCUGACGGAUGUCCCACCCUGGGUAGUGAAUGCAAGGGACCAUGUGUGCAGUGCUUACGGAGUCUGUUAAUGGGUGUCCUGCUCCCUGGCAGUCCACCCACCAGGCAAUGCACUGAAUGGGCCUGUGAGACUGAAUGGGGCUCUACGUAACGGCAGCCAAUUUUCCUGGUCAACAGGGAGGCACGGUGCCAAGGCUGUGUGUGAGAGCCUGCUGCUGGGAGGGUUUACCCCUUUUCCUCUGUUCCUGAGCCCUGGGGAGUGGCAUGGACUGUUCUCUGCUCAUCCUGCAGAGACCUGGGAUGCUCUGGGCUACUCAUUUGCUCCCUGUGACCAGCACUGCACUUACACAUGUUCAAAGGAGGUUCCUGACUCCGCAGUGGAUCUUCAGAGGUAGGAGCACUGCAGAAGUCCUGAGUAUCCUGGAGCUCCCAUAUAGAACAGGAAAAACCUAUUAUGGGAAAGCUGCUAAUAGCAGAGGAAUGAACCCAGUUGCACAGGUGCUGCUCCAUUAUGCUUCUACAACUGGAGUGGGGCCAGAACACAACUCCAGCUCGACUUCCCUCUUCUCCCCCAAAAAGAGCCAUUUGAGGACACUGAAGCUCAGUCCAGAUCUAACUUUCACAGCCAACCCCUUUCUGUGUAAUAAACUGUGCCUAUGUCAGCAGCUGGUGUGGUGCAGCAGGAAGCAGAUCCACAGAGGUGGCUGCUUUGUGCCACGGACUUGCCGCACUGGACACUCCCUGGGGUCUGAGCAGGCUGACAGUUUGGUUAUAUGGAAAGAGAGUGGCAUUAAAAUGGUGCUCUCAGACCCAGGAGAUGAGGCCACUGUUUUACCUGAACACAUGCCAUGGGGGCACACAAUGGGUUGGGUGAGGGAUGCUGCUCUCCCAGGACCUCUUGCAACACAUCGUCUUGGAGAUGUUUCAUAAGGCAGGGAUGAAUUCCCCCCCUUUGGACACGUGUCGCCUCCCUCAGUGAACUAAACAUUCACAUGUCAUAUCCUGUUCGAGGAGUUGUUUUAAUGGAUGCGCUGCCAACAAAGACACUUGGGUUUUGAUGGCUGAUCCUUUGCAAUUGUAACGGCAUUUAAUGAAAGGUUUUGUCUUUGGAAGGACAAAAUAUCCUUUAUCCAGCUUCAACUUUUGAAAGAAACACCACAAAUAUUUUUGGAUUGGAUGUGAAAUGUUGUGUAAAUUCUGUAAUACCAAGGGGGAAAAUAUGUCCUUUCCUUAUUAACAAACUGUAUAUCAAAACAAGAGUGCUUAAAGCCUAAAUGGUUUUAUACACAAUGAAUUCAUCAGAGUUUUACAUCCCCAGUAAGGGGAGUAUUUAAAUACAGACAAAAUGUGCAAAAAUAAUUUAGAUAUGAAACUAAAGA